AAUUGGUAGACGAAUUUAAUGAAAAAUUACAAAAAGGUGAUGUUAUUCUUUUAGAAGGAUUUUUACAAACCCAAAAAAUAGUGGAGGAAGAAGAGGGAGAAAAAAAAAUUACUCGUAUUUCCUCAAUUAUCGCUUACGGGUUUACUCUCCUUGACAGUGAUUCAGCGGAUAUUUUCCGACCUCUUGAUAAUUUGACCCGAGUUGUCAAAAGCAUCAGAAAAAUCGAUUUUAGUAAACCUAAGCCUAAGGCCACGGCAGACGAACCAGUAGAAUAA